AUGAACCCUGAAUACUCAGACGACUUCGAGGACAAGCCGCUCCCCUUGAAACUGUAUUCCGAAUACGACGAUGAAGAAGAUCUACCAAUAAAGAAGAGACUAGAGGCCCUGGUCAACGGGGAUAUGAGCCCAAGCCAGGCGGCCAUCGAUUUUGACACCACUAUCACUGAAGUAACCAAUCGAAGGCAGAAGGAGAUGAUGAAACGGCCAGACCCGCAGGCUCUCACACCAGAAGAAAGAGCCCAAGGGGUUAACAUGUACGACCUCGUACCAAAUCCUAGGCUAGCUAUCCACACGAUAUUCCUAUCAAUUGCCCGAUUAUGUUCAGCAUUUCCCCCCUAUCACCCUGGACAGAAUCAGAUUGUUGAAUUUCUUGAGGCACUGCGAGCCCUUCCACGGCAUGAGGUUUAUACAGGUUGUCCUUCUGAAGACCCCAAUGAACCUUAUCCCACUGUGCUAUUGUGGCCACUUGAAGGAAAUUGGGAAGCAGUCGCUGAAUUAUUUGAUUAUGAGAUAACAUCCUGCUACCCUCCCUAUCGCUGGCGCAACUACAAUUCUGCUAUGGCGCGCCUAACCUGUUCAGGCUUGGUUGACUGUGGUUUUCUGAGUUCCCUAGAUGACAUACUGCUGUCCAGUGAUGAAUACCCAGAUUUGCAGAAGCGUCCAAUCGAUGGACCGAAUAAGAUUGGCAACUUUAUGCUUGGAGCUGCCCAGUGGAUUAUGUGGUCAGACGAAUGUCACUAUGUCUACCAGCAAUGUAAAAAGGUGGAAAGCGUGUCAGGGUUACGCCAAAUGUGGAGUAUGGAGCGCUGGAGGGAGUGGAAGCAUCAGUUUGCCUUUGUGGCUGGUGAUGAGCGAUUUGUCCAGAAAUACCGGGAGGUGGCAGAACGAUCACAUCGUCAAAUGCUUAUCUGUGAGAGUGAGGACACGGCUGAGUAA